UCAGUCUUGAUCCAGCAUUCGGUCAACGAACAGCGUCGUUUUCGUCGGUUCUAAUCUGAAAUUCCACCAACGGUCGUCGCCGGUGACACACACGAUAUCAUAAUAUUCGAGAAACUGCGCGAUCAAGUCGAUCAGGUUGCCGAAUUAUGUAAGGGAAGCGUCGUUUUCAAGGAGACGACGUCGACGUGCGCAAAAAUAUCCAGCAAUUGCUCAAUAACCGAAGCGCGGGACAUUGAAAUCGAAUUAUAAGCAACGGCAAGCGCACACCCUACCCCUUUGGAAAGCACGAGGUUGCGCCCGCUAGAGGGAGGCCUUUUAGUGUGGAUUGUUCUUUGUGGAUAAACUAGUUUCGAUCCCGAGCGGUUCGUUCAGUGAUAGCCAGUAGACCCGAUCGAACGCGUGCUACCUAAUAGUACUUAGCGGUAGAGAGUGUUUGUUAUUAGUAGUUCUGGUUAUCUUGUAAAAGUGAAAGUGUUCUUUGAUACUAAAAUGAAGGUGCUGAACGUUGUUCCUGCCGUGUAUCUGUUCUGCGUUGCGUUGUUGUCCAUAACAAGCUACAGUGGCACAUCAGUCAAGGCGCAAGAACCUCUGUUUGAGUUGCCGGUACAGCUGAUUGGAUUCCCUGUCAUUAUUCUGUCAGUGAGAUUAGCCAACUUUGCCAAGAAGCUUGCUUACUCAGUCAAUCCAAAGACCUACCAGUCGCGCAGCCGGCGAGAAACGUUGACCGAUUCUGGCAGUGCUCUAACAGAGGAGGAAAUCUCCCGGAUGGCCGUCGACAUUGCCCAGGCGGAACGUAAAAUCCUGCACGAGUUUGGCCCGAAGGCAUGCAUAGAGGAGGAACCUUGCCGACUACAUGCGGUUCGAACGACGCGCUCCGCCAGUGCCGCCGGCGACUACCAACCGGACUGGAACGAUAUCUUAAAGAACUACAAGGUCCGAGCGUCCGGGAUGAAGCAGUGGUAUCUACUAUCGGUGUUCAUCGGCGACUACAUCCGGGAUGUGCAGUUCUGCAAACAGCUGGCCAAGCGGUUGGCGUGUGAUCGGAAUCAGAAAGAGUUUGUGCGAGACUAACGCGUUUCAAAUGUUUAGAUUAAAUGUUGAGUAGUGAGAGUGAAUUAAAUUAUUAUUUUUGUAAAUAUGUUUUGUUUUGAUAUAUUUUCUUUGAGAAACUGAUGUAUGAAACUUACAAUACAUGAAAAGACAUAAAGACAAGCAUUUCAUCUUA